AUGGCGCCGCAACAAAAAGGUUUCUCAUGGUCCAACAUUGCCGUUGGUUCCAUCAUGAACAUUGUCGAGGUGACGACGCUCGGUCAGCCGCUGGAAGUGGUCAAGACGCAGAUGGCGUCCAACCGACAGCAGACCAUGAUGCAGGCGCUCAAGACCGUCUCCUCUCGAGGUGGUAUCCUCGGCUUCUACCAGGGACUGAUUCCAUGGGCGUGGAUCGAAGCCUCAACCAAGGGAGCCGUGUUGCUCUUCACUGCUGCUGAAGUGGAAAAGGUUGCUAAAAACGCAGGGUUCUCCUCUGGAUCUGCUGGAUUGCUGGGUGGAAUGACGGGAGGUAUCGCUCAAGCCUACGCCACCAUGGGUUUCUGCACCUGCAUGAAGACCGCCGAGAUCACGCGUCACAAGCAAGCCGAAGCCGGCAUCAAACCUCCCUCCACCUGGGCCGUUUUCGCCGACAUCUACCGCCGCGAAGGCAUCAAAGGCAUCAACAAGGGAGUCAAUGCCGUCGCCGUUCGUCAAUGCACCAACUGGGGUUCGCGUAUGGGUUUCGCCCGUCUCGCCGAAACCCCCAUCCGCUCCCUCUCCGGUAAGACUGAAAAGGACAAACUCAACGCCGUCGAACGCAUCGCCUGCAGCAGCAUCGGUGGCGCCCUAGCUACGUGGAACCAACCCAUCGAAGUCAUCCGAGUCGAAAUGCAAAGCAUGGCAAAGGCUACCCCGGGAAGCAACAGACCAGAAAAACUCACCAUCGGUAACACCUUCGCCUACAUCUACAAGGAAAACGGCCUCAAGGGCCUCUACAGAGGCGUCACCCCGAGAGUGUUUUUGGGUGUUUGGCAGACCAUCUGCAUGGUCAGCUUUGCGGAUUACGUUAGGGAGUUCAUCGGUUCCAAGUAG